CAAAAUGUCGGGCUCCAAAGAUCCUGUGAUUAAGCUCUUUGGGAAGACGAUUCCGUUGUCGGAGUCUCCGCCGCCCUCUGCCGCCGCCGUAUCUAUCUUCAACGCCGCUUCCCUUCCUCACUCUACCAAUCUCGAUCCUUCCUUGUCUCCUAAUUCAUCGUCUCGAUGCCCUAACUCUAACCCCGACGAUGAUGCACAGAAUCCACAAUCUAAGAAUUCAUCUGCUGGAAAAUCAGAUAGCUCAAAACAGGGGGAUGCAUCUGAAUCUGUUCAUUCAGAAAGCAUGAGACUGGUGUUAAAUGGAAACACCAAAGUAGAAUUUGAUAGUAAUGAAGAUAAAACACAACAAAUUUACAAAACUGAAGAACAUAGUGAUGUAGGUAACUCACAAGAGAAAACCCUAACAAAGCCGGACAAGCUACUUCCUUGCCCUCGCUGCAACAGCAUGGAUACUAAAUUCUGUUACUACAAUAACUACAGUGUUAACCAGCCCCGUCACUUCUGCAAGAACUGCCAAAGAUACUGGACGGCAGGGGGGACAAUGAGGAAUGUGCGUAUAGGUGCUGGCCGUCGAAAGAACAAAAGUUUAGUUUCUCAUUGCGGAGUACACAUAGCCUCUACAGAAACAGCUCUUCAGAGUUCUUGCCCAGACAUAUCAAAUGGAACUAUCCUCACCUUUGGCUCAGAGAAUCCCCAAAGUGAAUCUAUAUCUUCUGGGUUGAGCAUUGUGGAAAUGGCGGCUCAACAUGAACAUGAGGAUGAUGAACCACUUGGAGCUUCAGUUACAAGCAGUGCUGCAAACUCAACAAAUGAUGUUGGUACAGUUUUCACUCCGCAUCCACUCGUUCAGAAUUGUAAUGGCUUCCCUCCGAUAGCUUGGACUUAUGUAUGGAACACUCCACCCGGCUUCUGCCCUCCUGGAUUUCCGAUGCAAUUCUAUCCCCAGCCACCUUACUGGGGGGGUUGUGGAACUUUGAAUGGCCCUUGGGUAACAAAUCAAUUUAGUUCUGGGUCUGGGUCUGGGUCUGGGUCUGAUUCCCCAAACUUGGGAAAGCAUUCAAGGGAUGAGAUAGAGUCUUAUAAGGAAGAGAAGAGCCCGAAAAAGAGUCUUUGGAUUCCUAAAACAUUAAGAAUAGAUGAUCCUGAGGAGGCAGCAAAGAGCUCAAUAUGGGCAACUUUGGGGAUUAGUAAAAACGAGAAAUUCAAUUCCAUAAGUGGGGGAGGGCUCUUUAAGCCUUUCCAAUCUAAAGGUGAUCAUGAGAAGAACAACAGCAACAACAACAACAACGCAUCUGAAGCCUCAUCUUCAGUAUUGCAAGCUAACCCUGCUGCAUUGUCUAGGUCAGUCGAUUUUCGUGAGAGUUCAUAAGAGAGGGCAAAACAAAGAAGUUCAUUAUACAAUUUUGUUACUUUUUGAGGCAACAACGAUCAAUCACAAGUUUGUUAAGCCAAAGAGGUAGCAGCAACCGAUUCCCCCCCUUUGGGUACGUGAUUCUUUUUCUUAGUCCUUUCCUUGUAAAUACCAAUAUAUUAUUAUGUUUAUGUGGGAUUAGAAAUGUCACCAAGUCCCCCCACACAAAUGUAUUAAAUAAGAUUAGGGGAAUGAAGAAACUGUAAUAUCUUCAUUCCUUUGAAUAGUGUUGUUACUUUAUUAUUGUCUUUAGACUGUUGCAGCAGCUGAUAAAUUGAUUAGCAUCUCUUUUGUUCUUGCCUAA